UCAGCGUGAGCAUGUAACGAAGACUGAACUUAAAAGUGCAGUAAUGGAAUACCCUAAACCAGUUUGGAUUGGGAAAGAGGGAACAAAUGAAGUAUCUACUGAUGUAGACUUUGUGGAGGGGUCCCCAAAAAGACGUACAGCAGAGAGUAUAUGGUCGAUUAAGGGUGCCAGUGGGGCUGGUAAUGUUUUAUUAGAAGAAAAAUACCUCCAAGGAAUGAGUGGUGGUAAAUUGCACAUUUCUGCAGGUAAAUCAGCAGAUUUUGGCGAAAGUGUAAAUGCAACACAAGUAUUUUGCUCUCUUGAGGACAAUGCAUUACGCACUAGAGAUAACUACAACUUAAAGGAAAAUGAAAACUUUAAGUGUGAUUCUUGCAAAGAGUGCUUUUCAUCAAAAUACAAGCUAAUAAUGCAUGUGUUCAUUCACAUUGAUGGUAUAGAGCCACCUAGACACAUAUGUCCAGGCUGUGGUGAGGUGUUUCGCAACAGUGGUAGCUUGAGGAAGCAUUCUAUGAUGAAACGAGGAAUUAGUCAAGCAGAAUAUGAACCUAGCAAAAUCUCCAAUAAAUAUCAUGGGCUAGAGUCCUAUGAACUACAAAACCUUAAGUGUGAUUCUUGCAAAGAGUGCUUUUCAUCAAAAUACAAGCUAAUAAUGCAUGUGUUCAUUCACAUUGAUGGUGUAGAUCCACCUAGACACAUAUGCCCAGGCUGUGGUGAGGUGUUUCGCAACAGUGGUAGCUUGAGGAAGCAUUCUAUGACGCAACGAGGAAUUAGUCAAGCAGAAUAUGAACCUUGCAAAGUCUCCAAUAAAUAUCAUAGGCUGGAGUCCUAUGAACUACAAAACUUUAAGUGUGAUUCUUGCAAAGAGUGCUUUUCAUCAAAAUACAUGUUAAUAAUGCAUGUGUUCAUUCACAUUGAUGGUGUAGAGCCACCUAGACACAUAUGUCCAGGGUGUGGUGAGGUGUUUCGCAACAGUGGUAGCUUGAGGAAGCAUUCUAUGAUGCAACAAGGAAUUAGUCAAGCAGAAUAUGAGACUAGCAAAAUCUCCAAUAAAUAUCAUAGGCUAGAGCCCUAUGAACAAAUAUAUACUGAUGAUAGACCAGCCGUUCGUUUGAAACGCACUGCACAGCCAGGUCGACGGAAGAAACAGACCAUAUUACAGUCUGGAGAGAGAAAACACCUAUGUGAUGUUUGUGGGACGGCUUUCAUAACGUCUAGUGGACUGAAGAGACACACAUUGGUACACACUGGCAAGAAGCCGUACAAGUGUGUCACUUGUGGGAAAUCGUUCUCUCUGUCUCACCAUUUGAAGAAACAUGCGUUAACACAUACUGGCGAGAGACCACACAAAUGCGAUAUUUGUGGAAAAUCAUUUAGGUCGUCCAGUGAUCGCAAUCGCCAUUCAUUAACACAUAGUUGGGAGAGCCCAUACAAAUGUCAUAUUUGUGGUCAAGUCUCUAUUAUUUCUGAUACUUUAAAGGAAAAUGAAUUGUUACAUAGUGAUGAGAAGGUUUACAAAUGCGAAGAUUGUAGAUCCCAAAAGUAUCAUAUUUUCAAUCCCUCUCACUACCUCGUCGGUAGUGGCAAGAAACCACACCAGUGUGCUCUUUGUGAUAAAUCAUUUGCUUGCUAUAGUAGUUUCAAAAGACAUGUAAUAAUUCAUACUGGCGAAAGGCCACAUCAAUGCAAUAUAUGUGGCAAAUCCUACGGGACACCGACUGGUCUGAAGCAGCAUGUUUCAAUACAUUCUGAAGAGAGAGUGUACACAUGCGAUAUUUGUGGGAAAUCCUUUGUCUCCUCUGUUUAUCUCAAGAAGCAUUCAUUAUUACAUACUAGUCCGAAGGUAUACAAAUGCAAUGUUUGUCGAAAAUCAUUUAUGACUUCUAGUGAUCUCCACAGGCAUCGUUUAGUACAUACUGUCAAGAAGCCACACAAAUGUCACAUUUGUGGGAAAUGUUUUUCUCAGCCUGUUCAAGUGAAAAGGCAUGAAUUAUCACACACUGGGGAAAGGCCUCACAAAUGCCAUGUUUGUGGGAAAACCUUUAGAAUGUCUAGUGAUCUCAAUCAACACUCUUUGACGCAUACUGGCAUGUUGCCACACAUGUGUGAUGUUUGUGGGAAAUCCUUUAGAACAGCUAGAGAUUUGAAGCUACAUUUAUUUAUACAUACUGGCGAAAGCCCUCACAAAUGUGAUAUAUGCGGAAAAUCCUUCAGGACACCUGGUGUUCUGAAGAAGCAUGUGUUCAUACACACUGGCGAAAGGGCAUACAAAUGCGAUAAGUGUGGGAAACGCUUUAGGAUGUCUGGUGAUCUCAGGCGACACGCUUUAACACAUCCUGGUGUGAGGCCACACAGAUGUGAUCUUUGUGGGAAAUCCUUUACUAGAUCUAAUGAUCUAAAGGUGCACACGUUAAUACACAGUGAUGACAGGCCUUUCAACUGUGAUGUUUGUGGGAAGUCUUUUCGCAGGUCUAGCUAUCUGAAGAAGCACGCAUCCACACACACUGCAAAGAGGCCAGAAUAAUGCUGUGUUUGUGGAGAAAAGAAUUACUUAUUGUCAUCUCAAGAAAUCUGGGCUGGCUCAGAUAAUAGGAUGAAAUAGUAUGUAUUAGGACAGCCAAAGUAUGAAUUGAUGUUCCAUUUCUAGAAAUCUCAAAGUUGUAUCAGUAGUUCAUAAGGGAGACAGAUUUUAGUAAAGCUUGUCAUUGUAACUCAUUUACUAGACAUCAAGUAAAAAUGAUAAGUAAUGAAAACUUCAUAAAUCUGUAUUGUUGAAGUUGAAACAAAAACAGUUUGUUAAUAAAUAAUAUGAGUUGAUACAGAAAGUUGUUACAGGUGUAACUGUGCAGUAGAAAUUAGAGAAAUCCAUCCACUUUCAAAUAUCUCUUUGGUUAAGAAUUUACUGGUUACUAGAAUUACAAUUUUUCAUACAGAGAUGGGGUUGUCAGGUUUUCAUUGCUAUCAUUGAUACAUUGUAGUGACAGACUUCUUUCCAGCAACACAUUUCUCAUAAUACUCAAUUAUUCGUGUCAACACAACAAAAGAUCUAUGCCUUAACAUCUCUGUUUUUAAAAUUUUGUGCAGGCAUAUUAUUAGUAUGGACUUGGAGAAUGAUUAAACCUCUCCUGCUAUAUAUCAGAAUUUUUUUAAUAAAAACUUUCCUAAUUGAGUUACAGACAUGUUUUAGGUGGCAUUUUUCAGGAUUUUAAUGCUGAUUUCUGUGAUAUGCAACACCAUAUAGGUUAUGAUAAAAAUUUUCAAGACAAUAUUUAAGUGUAUAUAUGCAGUUUCAGUCCAUGGGUACUGAGUACUGUCAUAAAUCAUAAGGCAAAUUAUAAAUUAGGGAUGAGAGUGUCUUCAUAUGUCAAAAUAUGAAAUCAGUAGUCUAUUUAAUAGUUUUACUUAUUGUAAUAAAUUUGAUAAAAUAAGUGGUCCAGUAAUAGUGAUAAGGAAUCGAAAUUACUAAUAAAAAUACUUUACUUUAGUAUUGUUGUAUACUUUUGUAAUUAUUCAUCUUAGACUACAUGAUUCAUAAUAAGUAAUUUAUUUUACUGAAACAAUGCAUCAAGAAAAUGAUAAUUCAAAUCAACCUAUUAAAAUAGGUUGUAAGUAAUAAAAACUGGUUACAAAUAGUAGGCACCCUGCUAUCACUGGUCCUUACAGCAGACUGACAUACAGUGAUUAGAGCACAUCUUGAGUGGGUGUAUUGUAAGUUGAUACCAUUCAAUAACUUUAUCAGAUGUCUCAUUAUUUGAAGAUUACACUUAGGUAAUGCCUAACAUUUCCUCCUUCACCAUGUCUGCAUGUUAUUGGAAAUGCUGAAGUGAUUUAAAAUUAGUCAUUAAGAUGUAAAAGUUAUUGGCAAAUGUCUAACAAGUGAAGUUGUACUAAAGCACUGAGUGUCUGAAUAUUUUUCUGAAGAUGGUAGUUGACAUGAUGAGAAUUCAGUGUUGCAGUCCGUUACAGCAACUGAAUCACUGUAUUGUAGACAGGAAAAAACUCAGAAAUGUUUGUAUAUAUGCCCCAAUUGUAUCCACAAAUACUUAAUUGACUCAAAUAAAUGUAGGAAGGAAAUUAUGACAUUAAAAAAUGAACAUCUGUAAGUGACAACAAUAUUUGAUAUAAUUGUACGCACUCGUUUCACAGAAUUUACAACUACUUCAGAAGUUGUUCUAUCCUUCAAAAUUUUUAUUGGAUUGUUUAUAGUGUCUCCCACUGCUAAAAGAAGAAUGAAAUACAAGAAGUGUUACACAUCAAAAAUAAGAAUAAAAUAAAAAUAAGUGUAUGGCUAGCACUGUAACGUGGUACCUAUCCAAAAUCAGUUGCUCACUUAGAAAAGCUUCAACAGCAGUUUCAAAAACAGCUUUUCUUUUAAGAGUCAAUUUAUCACAACUUCAUACCUCUGCAAUUCAAAAACGAGUUGACACAACUCAGUUAAUUUUAAUAUUUCCCCUAUUGUACACCAACAGUACACCUUUGCCAAAUAUCAAGAAAAUCUGUGUGUUUCCAUGUUGAUUUGAUAUCGAAGCAUGUGUAGGGCUCUUGGUGAACCCCUUUACUGGUAAUUUGCGUCACAGUGCAAUUCUACGCAGUGCAUGGGGCUCAGAGAUCUAACUGGUAUCGUAUUAAAUGUGGAAAUAUGGAACAGUAUUUGUAAAUUUAUGUCUAUCUUUACUCAUUAUACAAUCUAAUGUAUUAAAAUUUUACUUCUCGUAGCAGUGUAGAAUUAUGAGUGAAGUAUUUGUUUCACUUACAUGAAUUUAUCUGUUAUCAAACUAUCGACAUUAGUUCUUAAUAUUGUGUGAAAUUUACCCAUAUACACUAAGUUUUCUAUAAUAAGUAAAAUUUUUGUUAAACAUUCUGUAUUGGAGUACCAACAUUUUUCAUGUUGAGAAUCCUCGUCUGCUUUUAAAGACUCAAUUGACAUUUCUUUUUCAAAGUUUGAGUGAAACAAGCUGUAUAACAUCGGCAGACAAGAUAUACUGCCAAUUUUUUCUUGCAUGGUGAUGCAUGCGCAUUUGGAUCAAUAUGAAGCUACAUUUUCUUUGUUUAAAUUUGUACAUAUGUUUAUGCAAUUUAAUCAUUUCUGCGUGGAAACAUUGAGUGUAGAAGGGUCUUCACUUAGUUUGUGUAUUGUGCUGAAAAUAGAUACUUUUUUAAAAAAUUCUUCAAGUUCCUUUGUAUAUAUUUCUGAUAUUCAUUUCACAAAUUUGUUGGGCAAACUUACAUCGAUAAAUACAGUACCUUUUGAUAUGUGUGUUAGCAUUAGCUGAUGGGACUCCAAUAUUAUCAGCAUGUUACAUUAAGCAGUUGUGAUGGUUUACCAAUUGUGAUGGUUUACCAAUUGUAUUCUUUUAACCUCAUGCUGCUUAGUAUAUUUUGCUCUUUCUUUUGAAUGUAAACGAAGGAAAAGUACUGUAACUAUUUCAUUGACAAUAUGAUUUGUUAUUUUUGGGAAUAAUGAUAGAGUGGGAUGAAGUAUUAACCCUUUAACUGCUCUGGACGUGUUAAUGUGCGCGCCUUUAUACCUGUCCCUGCUCUUGUGUGCUCUUAACGUGUUUACACACACCACCAGUCCGUCUACCUGGUACUCUGAACAUGUCUACACCUAGACACAUUCAGAGUACGAGGUAGAAAUACUGGUGGCGCACGUAAACACAUUCAGGAAACACAGGGACAGGUACAAAGGUGCAUGCAUUAACACGUCCAGAGCAGUUAAAGGGUUAAGUUGCUUGUAGCUUCUGUGUCGUAAAGUACAACCUUUUUCCGCCAAUUUGUAAUCUUUACAU